AUGGCUCAUUCAAUGUUCCCCAAUACCGGCUUACAGGCAUUGAGUGCAGCGAUACAUCUUAUCGGAGUGACGAUUUUAACGUUCUUCAUCUCUCUACGUCUUGCUCCAGGAUCAGGUGAAGACGGAACUAAGAGCAUCUUUGUCCGACCAACAUGGCCACGUCUUUGCGUUCUCCUCGUCUUGCUGGAUUCGUGGUUAUUCUUGUUUUCAUCCGGCCUUCUCAUCUUUGGCGUUGGUCUACAAAUGAACAGGACGGCCUGCGCAGCUGGGAUAUACCUCUGUGUUGUGUUUUACUGCACUUCCAAAGUUCUGAUUUACCUUUUCUUAACUGAAAAGGUCUACAUCGUUUGGAAUACCGGAACUCGUCGCCUACGGUCGCCUAUCUUCCUCAUCUGCAUAGGCAGUGUCACCUUUUAUGCUGCCAUCCUGCUUAUCAUGUUUUUCGGUCGCAUUCACCAAUUCCGGGAGGGCGAUUCUGCUUGUGUUCUGGGUCUCAAGCCAACUGCGUCCAUCCCGCUGUUAUCAUACGACCUUUAUAUCAACCUCCUUCUGACGGUCCUUUUUGUUUAUCCGCUCCUUCGGUCAAAACACUCUACUGCGCAAAUGCGGCGUGUGGCAUUGCGCACGUUAACUGCUGCUACUGCUGCACUGACGACUUCAACGGCAAGCUGGCCACCUAAGUUAACGUUGCGCUGUGGUGCCGAUGUGAUUCUCAACGCCGCGGCUCUCUUCUGGGUGACCUCCAAUCGCGGUGCUCAGCGACCCACGAUCAGUGGAAGUUCUGGUGGUGUUAGUGGUAGACACCCCACUGGCACGGACAGCAACAACGGAGCCGUGCAUGGGCUCGUCUCCUUUUCGAAGAGUAAUGGGGCCUCAGGGCGUACUACGAGCGGGGUGCCCGCCAACAUGUUCCAUAUGGGUGAAAUCGGGCAGGGCCGCACUCGGGAAUUCAAGGCUCGUGCUUUUCCCCGCGUGUUCCUCAGAGCACUGAUAGCCCACGACGAGACAGCGAGCAACCACCAUGGGAAUGUAACUCAGUCGUCAGAUAUUGACAUGGUCGAUGUCCCCAAGGAUGCCGCGAUUUGA